UCCCCCGCGCGGCGCUCAGUGCCAGGCGGGAGGCGGCAGCGGUUGGAGGCUUCGCGGGGCUUUGCAGCGGGGACUUCGGCGGCGCCUCAGGCACCCGGGCUCUGACACAAUGCGGCGAGUGGUGCGGCAGAGCAAGUUCCGGCACGUCUUUGGACAGGCGGUGAAGAAUGACCAGUGCUAUGAUGACAUCCGCGUCUCCCGAGUCACCUGGGACAGUUCCUUUUGUGCCGUCAACCCCAGAUUCGUGGCCAUCAUCAUAGAAGCGAGCGGGGGAGGGGCCUUUCUGGUGCUCCCUCUGCACAAGACGGGACGAAUUGACAAAUCCUACCCUACAGUGUGUGGCCACACAGGACCAGUGCUGGACAUAGACUGGUGUCCACAUAACGAUCAGGUCAUCGCCAGCGGCUCAGAGGACUGCACUGUUAUGGUUUGGCAGAUCCCGGAAAAUGGACUCACCCUUUCCCUGACAGAGCCCGUGGUGAUUCUAGAAGGUCACUCAAAACGAGUCGGCAUCGUGGCCUGGCACCCGACGGCUCGCAAUGUGCUUCUCAGCGCAGGCUGUGAUAAUGCCAUUAUCAUCUGGAACGUGGGGACAGGGGAAGCCCUCAUCAACUUGGACGAUAUGCACUCAGACAUGAUUUACAACGUGAGCUGGAGCCGCAACGGUAGUCUCAUCUGCACAGCAUCCAAAGACAAGAAAGUGAGGGUCAUCGACCCUAGGAAACAGGAGAUCGUGGCGGAGAAGGAGAAAGCGCACGAAGGAGCCAGGCCUAUGCGCGCCAUCUUCCUGGCCGACGGCAACGUCUUCACUACUGGCUUUAGCCGCAUGAGCGAGCGGCAGUUGGCUCUUUGGAACCCAAAAAACAUGCAGGAACCAAUUGCUCUCCAUGAAAUGGACACUAGCAAUGGGGUGCUGCUCCCCUUCUACGACCCGGACACCAGCAUCAUCUACUUAUGUGGAAAGGGUGACAGCAGUAUCCGCUAUUUUGAGAUCACGGAUGAAUCCCCGUAUGUCCACUACCUCAACACAUUCAGCAGCAAGGAGCCUCAGCGAGGGAUGGGCUACAUGCCCAAGCGGGGCCUUGACGUCAACAAGUGUGAGAUUGCCAGAUUCUUCAAGCUUCAUGAGAGAAAGUGCGAGCCCAUUAUCAUGACGGUCCCCAGGAAGUCUGACCUCUUCCAAGACGACUUGUACCCUGACACAGCGGGGCCGGAAGCUGCCCUUGAGGCCGAGGAGUGGUUUGAGGGGAAGAACGCAGAUCCCAUCCUCAUCUCGUUGAAGCACGGGUACAUUCCAGGCAAGAACAGAGAUCUCAAGGUGGUCAAGAAGAACAUUCUGGACAGCAAGCCAGCUGCAAACAAGAAGAGCGAUCUCAUCUGUGCCCCCAAGAAGACCACAGACACGGCCAGUAUGCAAAACGAAGCCAAGCUGGACGAGAUUCUGAAAGAGCUCAAAUCCAUAAAGGACACAGUCUGCAGUCAAGAUGAGCGCAUUUCCAAGUUGGAGCAGCAGCUGGCGAAGAUGGCUGCCUGAGGCCCGCCCACCUCCUCCUCAGCGCACUCCCAGGGAGGGCAGAGAGGGAGGCACUGCCAUUUGGAGACAUUCCAUGUCAGAUCUGUCAGCCAGCGAUAGGCCACAUUCCAGGAAGACCUCGGUUUCUCUCCCAGACUUCCACAAACCCGAAAGCUGAGCUUUCCAUCGGGGAGUGUUGGUGUUUGGCAGGUCUGCUGACCUGCUGGCCUUGACGACAUUUGAAACGCCAGAUAUUCUGAAUUUUAGAGAACAAGCCCCACCUCUGCUCUCUGUCCCUUCCUUUUUAAUGUUGCCAAAACCGAAAGUAGCUUUUUUUCUUUGUAUUUUGCUACUUUGCAGUAUUUGUGUGGUUUUUUUUUCCCCUCUCUCUUCUUUCUUUUCUCUCCUCAGUUUGAAAGGGACAGCACUGUGUAUGUUUAUAAACUAAAUGAAGAUGAGAUGAUUAUUUUGUAUAAACACGAGAACAAUCAGCACAGCUGCCUGCACAGGGCCGGCUCGCUCACAGCACAAACCUGGGCGCUAGUCAAACGACCGUCCAGAAGAAAGACGAGAAACCACGCGGACCCACACUGCCCCCACACACUGCCCCCAUUCCGUUGAGUCUUCGAUCAAAAGUCCCGUCUCUCUCUCUCUCUCUCUCUCUCUCUCUCUCUCUCUCUCUCUCUCUCUCCUAGAAGUUGGGUGGUUGCACAGAGGGAACUCGCUCGGCUCCUUGAUGCUGUGCUUCAGUGAUUAUACUCUAACCUGAACUAGCUCAUGUUUCUGCAGUUUUGUUCUCCGCAGAUGGUUGCGCCCGUCCCUUCCAGCAGUGUGGUUCCAUUCCGGGCUGUUUUAGACAAGGGCACCCAAGGCGAGCGGGUACCUGUGUGUUGAGAGUCCUUGUCUACACAGGCAGCUUGCCUGGCCCUUGGGGAUAGCGUGGGGCUUGAACCCAGGUGCUGUGUGCACAGCCCUGCCCCAGGCCUUCUUUCCCUCGCUCCUGCCUUCCCUCCUUACUUUGCUGCCUCCCGUCUCAGGCACCCAGCCAGCCCUCGAGGGCUCUUGAAUGUGGCAGCGGAGGGAAAGGUCCAGAAUGGAGUGGAAAGGGAAGUUCAGAGAUAGUAGCUGGCCACGCACAGGCCCUCUGCCCCGCCACCCAGAUGAGGCUGCUGCCUGCCAGCACUGGCCGUGUGGAGCAUGGCAGUGCCCUGGGCAUGCCUGCUCCUAGGGCAGCAGCUGGACCUUAGCCCAACCCGAACCUCACAGCCUCACGGUGCAUGUCUGUGGAAGCAGACAGCCUGGGUAGUGUCAGAGGGAUCGCAAAAGGCAAGCCUUGGCAAGUGUUGGUGCUGGUGUGGGCACAGUGCUAGCUGCCAACAAGUGCACAGGUUAUUAGGGCAGAGCAUAGUGUGGCGGCAGCUGAUUAGAGUUUGUGGACUGACUGGGUAGUGUUGUAUGUAAGAGAAGGUUCUCUAAGCCACUGAGAUGGGGGUCACUGGCUCCGCAGCCUCGGGGCUUCUCGGCCUCUGUAGGUUUCCGUGUCUGUCUUGUGUUUUAAUGUUGGAUAAGGAGAUGGAGAGAAAAGGGCUGGUAGGACUCACAUUGUCUGUAUGCGUGCUACGCCGAGGACUGUUUCGAGAUUCACAAGGGUUCUGGGGUCUGUUGAAUUGAUUACGUAAAUAAUUGUAGAGGCUGGUGAUGAAGCCAGAGGGAAUGUGGUUGAGAGAGGGAGUGACUAGUGUGUGCCCGGCUGAGCGGGCACCUGACACGCUGUGGUGGCCUCUUUCCCUGUUCUGUCUUAAAGCCGUGGCACCAGAGGAGGACAGUGAACUGCUCCUACACCCACUCUUAUAGAGUGGCCAUAGUGUUCUGUCAAAACACUCACUUCCGUUUUCAGAGAUAAAAGACAUUGAUUACA